AUGGCAUCAUUUCUUCGUUCCAAGAAGGCAGGAGUUCAAAAUGACUUAUCUGCCGGAAUUAUCCCAGAAAACUUUGCGCCUGCCAUCCAGUCGCACUUUGGAAUUAACUCACAAAUUUGUUGUCUCGCAUACGAUCCUGUCCAGUCUAUUCUUGUUUUAGGAACAAAAGAGACAAAAUUUGGUAGUGGUCAGAUCUAUAUCUUUACUCGAGAAGGAGCACAGUUUAUUCUUAACUUUCCCCAUCGAACCUCCGUGAGAAAUCUACAGCUAUGUGCUGAGAGACUCGUAAGCAUUGACUCUAAAAACAGACUCACUGUCUGGAGUCUUUUCACCAAAAAAAUUGUGGCAAGUCUUAUUCUGCCUGGAAUUGUAUCUACGAUAGUCACGGAUCCUACACUCGAUUGGGUUUUCAUUGGUUUACAAACCGGUAAGGUCUUGGCUUACGACUUGGAUCAAAAAAAGUUAGCUCCGCUCCAGCUACCAAAUUUCUGGCAGGAAAAAACGAAAAAGUUAUUGAAGGUACCGGUAGUUUCCAUGCAACUACAUCCCCGAAAUGUUGAUCAGUUACUCAUUGGAUAUUCUGAGGGUGCCGUAUUGUAUUCAUUUAAACAAAACGAGGCGAUUAAAUAUUUUGGGAAUAUUUUACCAGAAAACCAAACUGACCGCUUGAGCUCGAGCACAGGUGGGACGAUAAGUCUAACCCAAGUCUUUUGGCAUCCAACAGGUACCUUUAUUGGAACAGCACAUGGAGAUUCCAGCAUAAGGUUUUGGGACCCGAAAGAUGGCCGUUUAAUCAGUGAAAAAAAUCUUUCCGAUCCAACCUUUAAAACCUCUGUAGAAAAACGGUAUGAACCCUCUGAUCUACCAGAAGAACAUUUUGUCAAGAUAUCAUGGUGUUGCAGAGAUAAUCCAGAAGAUACUAUGCUACUCAUUGCCGGAGGUCUACUCGGUGGGAAUACAAGAAAUGGACUAACUAUCAUUGAGUUUGGCACAACUCCGGUCUAUGCAACAUCAACAUGGCAGAUACUAUCCGAGUUUUUUGGAGGAAAAAGAGAAGUUCAAUUACCUACGCCUACAAGAGCUGACGUUAUUGACUAUUGUCUAAUUCCUAGCUCUUCUCCUCAUUAUGCAGGUGCACAAAAUCCCCUAGCCUUAUUAGCUCUAUUAACUUCGGGUGAACUUCUGACACUUAGCUUUCCUACUGGGACUCCUAUUCCGCCUACAAACAUAUUACACCCCUCAAUCUCAUUUGUGCACCCUUUCAUCGAUUUAUUAGAUAUUUCCCCUAUCGAUAGAUCGCGGUGGCUCAGUAUGAUCGAAAAGCGUGAGGUACAGCCUCUUUUCCCAAAAGAAAUUAAUCAAAGCAAGAAGCCACCGAAAAAGUUUGAAGACCGUGAAGUAAUUCUGGCAUCGCAUGGUGAUGGAACUGUAAAGAUAUGGGACGCAGAAUACUACAACCACCCUGAGAAUAGCACGAUGCUACAAGUUGAUAUAUCUCGAGCCCUUGGAAGGUCUGAUGAAAUCAAGAUAUCUUCCCUGAGUUUGGGGGAAACUACAGGAGAGCUAGCAACAGGUACAGAUACAGGCGAAGUCAUUUUGCAUCAAUGGGGAAAUAAUAAGAUGUUUGGAAGAGAAAUAUCAGAAUUCCCGGAAAUAAAGAUUGGUGAACUAAUUGAUAUAUCUACUCGCUCUGAGCCAUUACUAAAAGAAGGUUUAAUGCCAAAUAUUCUUUUUAAAAUGUCACAGAAAUCCAUCACUGUUGUAAAAAUGUCAAACGUGGGCUUUGUAUGUGCUGGCUCCGAAUGUGGUAGAAUCCUAAUCAUAGAUCUACGAGGUCCUACCGUCAUUUACAGUUCAUCUAUUAGUCAAAUUGUUAGUCCACAUAAACCAAGUGCUCUUUCGAAGUUAAAAAAAGGACAAUCGAAUAUUCUAGAAGACUGGCCAGUGGUUAUCGAAUUUAGUGUUAUGAACCUUGACGGAGAUAAUUACUCAAGUAUCUGUUGCUUUGUAGGCACUUAUCUCGGAAAAAUCCUUACGUUUAAGAUAUUACCUGGCUCUGAAACACCUUACACUGUAGAGUACGUCGGUGCAUCAUUACUAUCUGACAAGAUAAUCUCUAUUAUUCCAAUCAAAUCCAGUUCAGGACAGCUAGCAAAAGCAACUGCAGACACAGUCAGAGCUUUACCACUAGGACAACAAACUGAUGCUGUGAUAGUAGCUGUUUCGCAAACUGAAAUCCGUAUAUUUAGACCAGCAACUUCUAAAGGUGCAAGUAAAACUUUAGACAGUCACUUUUGUGAGGCAGCUCAAAUUGUGGCUUUUGAAAAUCAAAGAUAUAUCCUUACCUGCAUCUUUGGCGAUGCUAGCUUACGAGCCUUCUCUCUUCCGGGCUUAAAAGAGGUAAACUCCGCUAAAAUUUCUGUGCUAGAAGCCUCACUUCUUUCGUCUGCCAAAAUUGGUUGUGUAGGCCGAGUAUAUGGCUGGACCGGUCCCUCUGAAAUUUCCAUCUUAAAUAUUUGGAAAACCAAUCACUCUAAAACUAGCAACAGCCACACAAUUUAUAAUUCAAAAAUCGAGACUCCCCCACGCCCAACUAUCUCAAAUCUCGAAUGGAUUACGGGAUCACAAUUCGUCUCUCAAGCGGAUCUUGAUCAGUUAAUCGGGGGACCUGAUCGUCUACCCUCUAAACAAACAUCAAUUGUAUCAAGUACAGCAGGUUCCAAGGCACGGAGCACUGAUACAUCGGCUGGCCCCGAAAGCCAAAACUCAGAGAGCUGGGGUGAUUACAUGUCUCGUCAAAUAAAUGAACGUACGGAAAAACUAAAUCUUGUCGAAAACACUAUGGACAAAGUGCAAGAAAAUAGCCAGGGCUGGGCAGAUGAUGUGGGAAAGUUUGUAAAAAAACAAAAGAAGAACAUGAUCUUGAGCACUGUUACUGGUAAAUGGUUCUAG